AUGAAAGUCAAAGCACCUAAACGGACCAAGAAUAAGCUGGGACAACGUCAGUUGGUCUCGCAAGAUGACUUUUAUAGUGAGGCUACCGAUUUUGAGGAACAGGCUGAACGCUGGAUCCUGUCAGAUAUAAGGAAAACGUUAAGAUUUUAUGUGCAAGCUAUUGAACUUUACGAGAAGGGCUUGAAUGCACCUAAUGCAACAGCACAUGGCACUUAUAACAUCAUGUACAAUGAAACGAGACUUUUCUUGCAAGUUUACACUGAUUAUCUGGCUAAUACUGGUUAUAUCAACUUGUUGCAGUACGUACGGCUGGACGAUAUUGCAAACGUUUCGCAACUGGCAUUACCACUGAAUGAAAUUAUUGAUAGGUUUGAGAAGGUUACCGAGAGAUUUCCAGAUGAACGAAGUUGGGAUCUUGAUUCUAAUCUUUUGACUUCCUAUCUGACUCUUAUAGAAUCCGCUGACAGCUACUCGCUAAGAGGUGAGGAUAUCGUUGAACUUACAAGAAAAUUUGCCGAUUUGAGUCGACAUUCAAUUGAAAACCAGUUCUCUGAGUUAAAGUCAUGGGACGCCACCAUCGAGGAGGAAGAGAGUGGGUUUGAAAGAGAUACUACAGGGUCAAACGCCAGCGCAAGAGAUGGGAGUGGUGUAGUGAGUCAGCAGGAUGACAUGUCUGAGAGUAUGGAAAUGACCGAUCAAAUUACAGUCGAGACACUCUCCGAGCUAUUAAGCAACAGUUAUAAGUUUGUUCAGUCGUUGAUGGAAAUUAUCAUUGAGGCAAGACUUGGAGAAUCGUCAACGAUAAACCCUGUUCAGCUUAACUAUCUCGACGACAUGAUGAAAAAGUUCACUCUACAACUAAAAGAUGUUCAUCAGACGAUAAGUGAAUCACUUACUCUUGACGAGGACCAGAUUAACGUUGUUUUGGAAGCGAACAGAGGAAUAGAAUUCAUUGCCAAUGGCGAUUUGAGCUCGAUUGAGACCUACGUUAGUGAAACACUUAACUCUUCUGAAAUUAGUACCGAAUUGCUGCUAGCCAAGAUUGACGUUCUAGACUUUGCCGUAACCUGUAUAGACAGUAAUGGUGAUCUGCAAGUUCAAUGGCAAAUGUGUUCUCUAUUGAAUAAGCUCUUGGCAGAAGCACGGAAGAAGCUUGCCGAUGUCAGAGCGAACACUACGGGGAAAAUGAGCUCUGUCGGCAGCCAACUCAGUUCCUUGGUAUUUCAGCAAUGUGACGUCUUGAUAGCCUCAUCCGAUUUUGAAUUGCGAAGGUGGGUGAUAAAGCGUCGGGCAGGGUCAAAUGGUGACAUCAAGACGAUGGAGGUCUUGAUGAAAAACGCCAAGACGUUUCUCGUAAAUGCCUCCAAGAUAGCCGAAAGACCUUGUGGGCUAGAAGAAAAUAUCGUUGACAAGUUAAAGAGGAAUUACAUUUACAACCAAGCGCAGGCGAGACUUUCGGUUUUAGAGGGUAGAGACCAAGCGAUCAGUAAUGCGGAUAUUUCUGAGCUAUACGCAGACCACCCUUUCUACAAGAAUGCUCCUACUUUUCAGUAA